AUGCCACCGAUGCUUGAUAAUUGUGAUGCAGAAGCUCAGAGCGUUUCUGAAGAUGAAGAGUCCAGCUCCACACAGCUCCCAUCUGUAGGCUCUGCCCAACACGGAUCGGGCAGUUGCCAACCUUGUGCUUGGUUUUGGAAACCACAGGGCUGCUUGAAUGGUCCUGCGUGCUUGCGGUGCCACUUGUGCCCUGCCGGGGAGAUCAAAAGGCGUAAAGGUGAGCUGAAACAGAAGAAAGCACAAGCUGCUGAAGGCUCGGCCGAGCAGUCCACAGCUUCGCCGCGUGGAGCGACCGUGCCACCGCCGUCGCCGCCGUCAGCGGCUCCUUGCUUGAAGCUGACAGAAGAAGGCCUUCCACCAGCACCUUCUUGGACAGCAUCGGAUCCGGCUCUGCCUUCGGUUGGCUCUAGGCUUCACGGAAGCGGCCAGUGCAAGCCAUGUGCAUGGUUCUGGAAAGCAGAGGGUUGCAGAAACGAAUCUGCUUGUGGCCAUUGUCAUCUUUGCCCAAUGGGAGAAGCCAAAGCCCGAAAGCAAGCCAAGCUCGCAAUCAUCCGAGCCAAGGCGAGUCAGACGGGUCAGACAGAAAUUGGAAGCCUUACUCCUGAGGAGACCAAAAGAGAGCAAGUAUUCCAAGCAGCGCUAGGCACAUCGGAAGUACGACCAAUUGCAGUACUGGCACCACCCACCUUGCUCUUCAACAUGUGCGAGGUGACCCCUCACCUCGGUCAUCCCCAGGCGCAGCCAUUGCAGCCUGUGCCGCUCUUCCCACAGCAGCCUGUGCAACCCGCACAGGUGCACUCCAUCAACUCUAUCCCACAGAUCCACCCCAUCCAGCAAGUCCAGCAAAUCCAACAAGUUCGACCCGUUCAAGCAGUCCCGUCUGCACAGCACAGCCAGUCCUGCCACACAGCCUGGAAAUGGUGCCCCACAGGUCAAGUUUGCCAAGGCUGUGCCUACUGCUCCCAGGCGCCUCCACUGCAGCCAGGGCAGCCUGCGCAACCUCAGAGACCCGUGCUUUUAGGCAAUCCGCUGAGUGCCUUCCAAUCAGCACAAAGCGUUGGAAAGUUGUGCAGCAGAUGUGGCUCUGAGGGUUGCAAAUGCUUCCCAUACGAGGCAGGUGAGCGGCGACUGGUCCCCCAAGAAGUGUCCUUUCCAGGCAUCCUCCCCAGUGUGCCCCUGUAUCACCAGCCAGUUCACCCUCCGACGCAAGUGGUGCCCCCACCUUUGCCGUCGGUUGGUUCCGCCUUGCAUGCAGAUGGGAAAUGUUCGCCGUGCGCUUGGUUCUGGAAGCCACAGGGUUGUCGGCACGGAGCCAAUUGCGGACGGUGCCACCUUUGUCCUGCGGGCGAGAUCAAGCAGCGCAAAAAGAGUAAGGCCACGGCUAAGGAGGUUGUGAAGGACCCCCUGCCCGGAACGAACUCGCACAAUCUUCCGUUGAUUUUGGACUAG